CUUUAAAAGCACCUGAGCCAAGCAAACAGUCACAGCAAACCUCAGUCAGCUCAACAGACUCUUUACCUCCAGUAGUAAAGAAGUUGGCCUCAGCAAUCCUGAAAGUGGUUUGAAGAUACACACUCUGCUUCCAGUCUCUGCCACGUCCUUCACACCAUCAGCCAGCAUGUUCAUAAACGAAGAGCUUGAAUGUGUCGUGUGCUGCCACGAGUUCUCCCGCGGCCACCGGGUCCCUCGGGUCCUCCACUGCAACCACACCUUCUGUGCCCCCUGCCUGGAGAAACUGUCCAAGCAGGAGGGGGUGAUCCGCAGCGUCUCCUGCCCUCUGUGCCGCUGGAUCACCUGCACCCGAGCCAGCCUGGCCCUGCCUGCAGCCCUGUGGGUCAACACGGAGAUCUGGGACCAGAUUACGCACGAGCAGCAAGAGAUGGAGCAAGAAAAGGUGGAGGAUUUAAACAACACAAAGCCCCAACUCAUCAAGCCAACACUACCCACUUCAAGACACACUGGUUUCAUGUCAGCGCUGCAAAAAAUGUUUAGCUGUGUGCCGCUGCAUGAAUGAGACAUGAACGGCUGCUGACAGUUGAACAGCAGAAGAAAUGGCAGCGACAUAUGAAUUUCUCAUUCAUGUAUGACCUGACAGACCUGGUAAAGGUGGCGGUGCGUUCACAGCACAGGACUCCGUGCACUUUGCAGGAGCACUGUUGUUACGGACAGACACUGCCUGUGUGUUGUGAGGAGCGAAGGCCUUGUUCUUUUUGUGCUGAGCUCAGAAGUGGAUUUAAAAUGGACUGCACUGACUUGAAGUUGACAAACUGAUUUUUUUUUGUAAAUUAGUUUGGUUUUUUUUACGAGUAACUGUGAAAUAUCAAUAUUCAGUCAAUCCUCAUUUGUUUCCCAAAGCUGAAUUUAAUACUCUGCUUAAGUGUGUUUAACUGUGAGGAGCUCAUUCUCAUUUAAAACGCACAAUUCAGUGGUAAUAGGGAAUGUUGUGUUUUGUUGUAUAUUAUAUAAUGUAUUGUAAAUUAUCCUCAAAUUAUUUAUAUAUGUAUGUAUUUGUUCACUAGUUUGUGUCACUUUGCCCACCUGCGUUUGAAAGAACAUCAGCAUGUAUCACUGAAGGAUUCUUAUCCUUAAAGUCCUCCUAAAUUCUUCACCACAUGUUACUCAUUUGUGUGUGUGUGUGUUAUUUAUUUGUUCCGCCUUGAUGGUCUUUUGGAUCCCUUGAAAGGUGCUGUAAAAAAAAUCAAGCCAUUAUUAUCGUUAUUGUUUUAACAAGUAAUAAAUCAUAUUUUGUAAAAAUACGUCAAAUAAAACAUGAUAAACAGUAAUGAGUGAAUUUCACAAAACCUUAUAUAUUAUAUAUUAAUAUAUAGUGUCAUACAAGGACAUUUUCAUGUUUUCUCAAACAAUACACUACUUUUUAAAAUUAUUCUAAUUAAUAAUUGCACUACAAUUUUUUAAACAAACUGUAAAUAUUGUGUGUAUGUGUGUAGUCAAUAUAGUACACAUUUUGCAUGAUUUCCUUACCCCAUUAAAGCUGCUAUUAAUUGACUUUCUGUAUUUUUAUGUUCCUAUAGUUGGCUCAAUAUAAUCAUUAAAAAUUGAAUGAUAAAUAUUAAAUAUAGUACUAUAUGUCAAUAUGUUUGACACUCACAAAUAUGAU